UAAGAGCUGGUCAUCAAGAAUCCGAGAUCAUUUUGGAACUUUGGACUAUUUCCUUAUUAGAAGUGGCUUUUUGGAUGCCAUCAUGUACGUUUUGUGCACCCUGGUGGCGCUGUCCAUUCACAGCUUGUUUAAGAACCACGGGAAUAAGGCUCUGGAGUCGGGACCACAGGAGGUAGAGGAGAAGAAGAGGCGCAGUCUGCAGGGAGGUCUGUCCAAAGAUAGGCAGACAACUUUGGUGCUGGGACCGAGGAAAGAUGGUGGUUUCACUGUCAGCUAUAAACCAGGACAGAAGAGGAGGAGAGGGGCUGCAAUCAGUCAUGUCCAAAAUGGCCGAAACAAAGGACAGCCGGUCCCGCGGUCCAGUGCUCUGCUCAACCCUGCGGUCAUGUUUGGCACAAGAAAGACCUGGGACCUUGGCCACGCCCCCUGCCUGCAGGAGCUCUGGAAGAACGACAUCUCAUUGGACGCGAGCUCAUUGGACUUCCUGAUGAGUGAUGGUGAAGAGGACAGCUCGUUUCUGUCUUUACCUUCGUCUGCGUUUCCACGGCGAUCGUCACUGAGCUCCGAGCUGAACGAGAGCAGCUCCCCUACCCAGCACCUGCUCAUACAGACUCUCCAGGAGAAGGUGUGUGAGUUCCAGGCCCGGCUGCGCUCUGAGGAGGUCACUCGGCACCUGCUGGUCCAACAGCUACAGCAGCAAAACACAGACGAAAGAACUACUGUGGACUCAGCCAAAGGCUCUCCUGCACCUGCCCUCUGCAACGGUGUCCCGCUGUCAGAACCCAGUGAAUCCGACCGUCCCAGUGCAGAGGAGGAGCAGCUCGUGACCCGGCUGCAAACACAGGUGGAGGAGCUGGAGGAGAAGUUAUUGGACCAGACCCAGGAGGUGGAAAGACUGCGCUCUGAACUGGGGGCGACAGACCUGGAGAAGCAGUUGGAGCGGCUGGUGGUCGAGAAUCAGCGUCUGAAGCAGGAGCUGAAAAUAUGCAAGAGCUCAGAACCCGCCUCCAACAACUGCCCCAUCUGCUCCCACAGCCAGAAUGCAGAGUCCCUUCAGAGGGAGGUCACCCGUUGGGAGAGCCAGGCACGGCAGAGGGAGCGGCGUUUGGUGGAGCUGGAGAGAGACCUGCAGGAGAAGAGCCAGAAGGUGGAGACUCUUCACAGAGAGCUGGACCAGACCACAAGACAACUGCAGGAGUCAGAGCGCAGCCAGACUGAGGCAGAGCACAAACUCAGCCUGAGGAUACAGGAGUGUGAGGACGAGCUGCACCGACAGGCCACAGCGCCCCCUAGAGUCAAGUAUGUCACUCAGACGGUGGAGGUGCAGUCAGCAGACUCUCAUAAGGUCAUAUCUGAGCUCCAGGGGAAGAACUCUGCUCUUCAAGAGCAGGUGUCAGUGCAGAGACAGCUCCUGAGAGAGCUGGAGACACAGCUUCAUGACUCCCAACGCACCUGCACCCAGCUGAGAACGCAGAUCCUGGUGUACGAGGGUGAGAUGGAGCGAGCACAGGGCCGACUAGAGGCGGAGAUGCAGAAUCUGGAGGAGGAGAAGAACCGUGUGAUUGAAGAGGCAUUUAUCAGAGCGGAGAGCGAAAUGAAAGCAGUACACCAAAACCUCGCAGGAGUGCGUAUGAACCUGCUGAGUUUGCAGCCAGCUCUCAGGACUCUCACCAGUGAUUACAACAGUCUGAAGAGACAGGUGCAGGAGUUCCCCUUUAUGCUGGACAAGGCCAUCGCAGAGGCCAAGCAGGAGAUUUGUCAGGUGAUCAGUGAAGUGAGCAGCACAAACCAGGAGCUGCUGCGGAAAUACAAACGAGAAAUGAACCUGAGGAAGAAAUGCCACAACGAGCUCGUCCGGCUUAAAGGAAACAUCCGUGUGUUCUGCCGCGUGCGCCCAGUCAGUCAGGAGGAGCAGGACUCCUCUGAUGCUAAGAGCAUGCUCAGCUUCGACUCAGAUGAUGAUUCCCUCCUCUACCUCUCCAACAAGGGCAAAGUCAUGACCUUUGAACUGGACCGGGUCUUCCCUCCAAAAUCCACACAGGAGGAGGUGUUCCAGGAAGUUCAGUCCCUGGUUACUUCCUGUAUUGACGGCUUUAACGUUUGUAUCUUUGCCUAUGGACAAACAGGGUCAGGGAAAACCUACACCAUGGAGGGUGUACCUGAAAACCCCGGUAUAAACCAGCGUGCUCUGCAACUGCUGUUCUCGGAGGUGACGGAGAAGGCGGCAGACUGGGACUACACCAUCUCUGUGAGCAUGGUGGAGAUCUACAACGAGACUCUGAGGAAUUUGCUGGGGGACAAUCCGACAGAGAAGCUGGACAUUAAGAUGCACCCUGACGGCAGCGGACAGCUCUACGUCCCCGGACUCACCAAGAUCACUGUGGAGAGUCCUGAGGAUAUUAACAGGGUAUUUGAGUUGGGUCACAUGAACAGAGCCACGGCCUGUACAAACCUGAAUGAACACAGCUCUCGCUCUCACGCUCUGCUCAUCAUCACUGUGUCUGGGUACAACUCCACCACUGCCACGCACACGCAAGGUAAGCUAAACCUGGUGGACUUGGCAGGCUCGGAGCGCAUCAGUAAAUCCGGCGCAGAGGGCAGCCGGCUCCGAGAAGCUCAGUGCAUCAACAAGUCUCUGUCAGCACUCGGUGAUGUCAUCAACGCGCUGCGGAGCAAACACGCCCACAUCCCCUUUAGAAAUUCUCGCCUCACAUAUCUGUUACAGGACUCUCUGAGUGGGGACAGCAAGACACUCAUGAUGGUCCAGGUUUCCCCUUUAUCAUCGAACAUGAGCGAGUCUGUUUGUUCGCUGAAGUUUGCUCAGAGAGUUCGGACGGUCGAACUCAGCUCCUCUGUGUCUUCACGGAAACACGAGAACUCCUCAACCUCGUCCUCGCCCACCCACGACAGUGUAGAGCUGGACUCUCCCCCUUCCACCCCUGGUCCUCUGCCGAUCUCUAGAGCCAGCAGUGCGGGCUCCACCCUCUCUACCCUCUCCACCACCUCCAGGACUCCCUCGGGAUCUCGCAGGAGGUCCCAGUCCCAGCUGUCUGCAGGACGAUUGAAACUAACAGCCUGAAGAAUCUUGGGGGCCUGUGAUGACCUCACUGGAAAUGUGCUACAGACGAAGACACUGCAGGACUUCAGUAGAAUAUUCUGGUGCAGUUUUUGAGCAAAGAAAAAUCAUUAAACAUUUAUUGCAAUUUGUAACAUUGACCAGCUGAACGGACUGGGUCAUUCCCAUGUGUAAAUCGUCUUUGACAAUAUGCUUUCCCAUCACAGUAUUCUAAUUAUUUUUAAUUGUACAGUGGCACUUUAAACUAGAUAAUGUUCUAACCCAAAAAGUGGUAGAUUCAUUCAUUAUAAUAUAUGCAGUGUAUUUAUGUGUUUUGAUGCUUUAAUUUUAAUCUUCAUCAAGAAAAAUCAGCCCUUUGAGGUGAAUUAUGCUUUUAAUCCUAAACUAGCCCCAAAUUCACUUGUAGUUUAGUCUAUUUAGUCUAUACUCAGCUUUGUAUGUUAUUUAAUGGAAGUGACCUGACUAAUUGAGCCCUACAGCGCCACCUCAAGGUUUCAAGAAAGAACUUUUUUCCAUAGACUUUUUGCAAGUUCUUGAAGACUUGAAAUUUGAUCCUGCUAGACUAGUUGAUUUUUUAACAAUUAUAAAAUGCAUAGAUAUCUUAAUAGUUCAUUUACAAUAUAAUAAGUUGUGAGAUUUAAAGCUGCACUGUGUAACUUCUGGUGGGGAGGUCUGCCAUCUGUGGCUGCUGUUAACUAGAUCUAUAAUAUGGCAUUAGCUUAUCCAUCUUGUAUUUGUUCAAUUAUAAGUGAUUUUAUUGCUCAAAAAUACCUUUUUAAAAGCAUGCGUUCUUACACAGAUCUGACCUGUAACUUGGUCUGGUGUUGUCUCCUGCUCAUCUGCAUAAGUCUAAUGCCAUACUGUGGAACAUUCCUGGUGAAGCAAUAACAUCUCCAUGGAGACGAGGAAGUGUUGGACCCACCGUCAGAAAAGUUACAUAGUGAACCUUUAAUGCAAAUAAGUCUAUGAGGACAACGGAGCUACAGGGAACAGUAGCAUUUGAUUAAUUUUGAUUUGAAUAAUUAUUUGAAACUUGAUUGAAAUUAGUGCAAAUUAAAGAUGCACUGAGUAAAUUUAAUCACUUAAUUGUAUCCAUGGACAUAACAUUUCUUUGCCUGGAAUAGUCCACAGUAUGUCUUGCAUUUUUAUACGUUUAAAAAAAAUAAAAUAUGGAGACGAACUGGUGGUGGGCACUCCAUAGAAAAGUUACACAGUGCAGCUUUUAAAUAGUGUGGUUGUCAGUGGUGGGCACUCAUAGCUCAUUCUCUGAACUCUUAUUUUUGAGUUGUCUAUGGAAAAAAUCUAUUUAAAUGACAUAACCAGAUCUACUGGUACUAUUGAUCUACUGAAAGUGAGCAAUACAAGGAAAUACUCAUUCUGUACUUCAGAGGAUUUUUCAUGUCUUCCUUGGACUUGUAUCAACAUUUUUGUCUUUCUUUGGCCCCAAAAGCUUUCCCGGUCCCAUGGAAAAGUGUGCUCAGCUGUAGUUUCAAAUGCCAAAAGUUGCUUCUCAUUGUAGAACUCUGAUUGGUCUGUCUGCUCACUCUGUGUCUGCAGCUUUCUGCAGUCUGUUUUUUAUUGUUUUUAAUAAACACAUCAAAACCAG